AUGAACGAUCUUCUUAAGGGUUCGCUUGAGCUACCACGGGGUGAAUCUUCUAGACAAGGUGAUGUGGAGCUAGGGGAACAAGGAGGUGACCAAGGUUUAGAAGUGUUCUUCGAAAAGGUUCAAGACAUUGACAAACAAUAUGAAAAGCUUGAUAAGCUUCUUAAGAAACUUCAGGCUUCUCAUGAGGAGUCCAAGGCUGUUACUAAAGCUCCCGCCAUGAAGGAUAAAGAACAGCGACCACACUGUGAGUAUUCUCAUUCUUCUGUUAGACAAGUUCUAAGAGAGAACAUCCAACAAGAGUAUCGCGAGGUUGUUGACAGAUGUAUUUUUACAGUAACUGGACAGCGAGCGGAUGAAGAUACAAUUGAUGAGUUGAUUGAAACUGGAAACAGUGAACAGAUCUCCAGAAAGCUAUUCAGGAGCAAGGACGAGGACAGGUAUGUAAUGGACACCUUGGCGGAGAUCCAAGAACGUCAUGACGCUGUCAGAGACUUGGAAAAGAAACUUCUUGACUUACAACAAAUUUUCAUGGACAUGGCAGUUUUGGUUGAUGCACAAGGAGAAAUGCUUGACAACAUAGAAUCUCAGGUGUCAAAUUUGGUAGAUCACGUGCAAUCAGGAAACACUGCACUUCAAAGAGCAAAGAGUUUACAGAAGAGCUCAAGAAAAUGGAUGUGUAUCGCAAUCAUUAUCCUUCUCAUUGUUGUUGCUGUGAUCGUUGUUGGUGUUCUCAAGCCUUGGCAAAACAAGAAUGCUUAA